AUGCAUCGGCAUCAUUACGCCUUGAGCUUCCGGCAGCUGCGCAGCACUACAGAAGAGCAUUCCUUCCGCAGUAACGCCGAUUUGACGUUCGAGAUGGCAGUACCGAAGCGCGGUCUUUCUGGCCUUCAACGGGAGGUUUUGGCACUCUAUCGACAAUGUAUCCGGGAAAUUCGGAAGAAGCCAGAGACUGCACGACCUCAUUUUCAAUCUUUUGCCAGGCAAGCUUGUGCACCAGCUUUCUUAUGUGCCGCAUACCACCAUACUGACCAACACAUUAGGACAGAGUUUGAAAGGUACAUUACGGUCGACAAGCGCGACUUCUCCGUUGUAGAGCAUUUAUUGCGGAAGGGCCGCCGCCAGCUCGAGACGUACUCUUCACCGAGUAUCAAGGACAUCAGCCGGUGA